AUGGCGGGGGACACUCUGGAAUCGUCUACCCCGAACAUUGAGCAGCAUAACAGCUCCCAAGAGGCCUCCCAACAAAACAAGCCCAAGCAUGAAUUCCCCAAGUCACAGGUCGGAAAGCUAUGGGAUGCUUUUGGGAAUCCCGAAGAGUCUGCGAACGUGCUAGCAACGGGGGCUGGACCCUCUGGGAGGGGCUCGAAGGACGCUACGGUCACGGAAGCUAUGAAGUCAAUGUCCCUUAAAGAUGUCACAUCAUUCUACAAAGCACCAUGCGCACGAGACUCCCUACUGCUGGGUAUUGGAGCAGGGUUCGGAAUUGGUGGCAUCAGAGGUGUAUUAGGAGGAUUGCGCUCAUUAUGGACUGCUUCCAAUUGGGCUGUUGGCGCAUUUGCCCUCACGUCUCUCGCAGCGCACGAGUUCUGCCAGCGGCGUCGAGUACAAGAGUUGGACGGUAUGAAACAAGCUGUGGAGUUGAUGAAAGAGCUGAAGAUCAAGAAACAGCGAGAGAAGGAAGAGAAGGCUGCGGAGGUCGCGCGUUUGGCAGAGGAAGAGAAGAAAAAGAAGAGCUGGACGAACCUUUCGAACUAUAAGUCUGGUAGUCCUUUCGCGCAUUUCCCGGAGCUCCAGCCUGCCAAGGAAGAAUAG